UGAAAUCUGGAUUCAGUGGAUAAAACAAAGGAAUUGAUGGACUACCUUCACAUCAUUGGAGUAUAUAAAAGGAUUUAAAGUUUAGGGGGAAAUAACAAACAGUGGGGGGCAGUAAUACGCCAUAGCUGCGUCAAGACUGCCUAAAUAAAAGAAGAAGAAGAAGAAGAAGAAGAAGAAGAAGAAGAAGAAGUUACGCCUCCUACUACAAGUUACGCCCACAACAAGUUACGCCUCCGUCUUGCAGGACGCAGACAGACCCUACUCUACGAUCGUGUACACGUAGUUCUUUCCUUGAGAGACACCAUGGCUCGCAAACGAGCGAAGCAUAGCAGUUGCUUAGUGUUUGGAUGUACAAAUGAACACAAAAGUCUAUAUUUUGUUCCUUCCUCCGAGCCUCUGAAGAACCAGUGGGUUAAUUUCAUUGUCUCUGGAAAUGCGCCAGUCUGCGCCAAACAUUUCACUGACGACUGCUUCCUCAACUUGGGCCAAUACAGAGCUGGACUUGCUCAACGUCUGAGAAUCAAGUCUGGAUCAGUACCAACUCUCCAUGGCUCAGCUACAAACCUCGGACAAGGCAGCUCAUCAAAUGCCUACAUUCAGCAGCUUCUCUCAAGGGAUGUUGCCUGCCAGACAGACCACCUGGAAACACGUACUGUAGGCACACAGCUAUCCUUAAAGACUUUGCAGCCCCAUUUUAAAAGUGAUGAAGACUGCGAUGCCUUUGGAGACCGUAGCACUCAGCGCGGCGCCACCUCAGAGAUUCUGGGUGUGGACGCCCCCGGCUCCUCCCACAUGUCCAGUCGUAGCGAGGAACUGCUGCAGACCCCAGACACCAUUUCAAUCAAGGUUGAAGAGGAUAUUGGUGGAGGCAUGCCCGCCGUAGACUGCGAUGCUUUUGGAGACAGUAGCACUCAGCGCAACGCCACCUCAGAGAGUCUGGAUGUGGACGCCCCUGGCUCCUCCCACAUGUCCAGUCACUGCAAGGAGCUGAAGAUUCUGAGCAUCUACGGAAAAGGGGAGGGCCCACUGGCGGUGGGCGACCAUGACACCCUCUUCACCACUUCAGAAGUGGAGGCCCUGAACUCGCUGUCUGCGGACCACAGCGCGGCCAAGAGCCUGGAGCGCGGCGAGCGGCUGGUCUGCCGUGAGGAGCUGAGUGUGCAGGUUGGAAAUCAUCUUCUCAUUCACCAUACAAAAGAGAGGCUUCCUCUGUUACAACUCUAAAACACACCCAUAGAAAGCCCACACCUUUAUGAUCCAGUAAACGUUUUUGCACUGCCAAUUAUGCCCGUCUUAUGCCCAACUAAUCUGUCAGUAGUGGGGA